AUGGCGGAGCAGGACCCAAACCCGCUCCUAAGGUCGAGUACGGACCCGAAUGGGGAGCCAUCCCCACCACCGGGAGUUAGCGACCCUUCGGCCUCCGGAAUAAGCGUGGACCGCUUAUUGGGACCACCCGGUAAGUCCACGCAAGAUUCCGGUAUGGGGGAUUCCCUCUACCCUGGGAAUAGGCCGUACCCAGUCUACGUUGGACCGAAUCAUGAGAUAAGAUCCACCCAGGCCGCGCAAACGCUCCGGGUCUCGGCUUGGUCGAAUGCGAGCGUUCCCUCGAACCGACCACGCUGGUCAGAACCCUGGAAUCAUACCGCGGGUUUGCUUUAUUACCCGCAUUCAACCGUCGACCCUAACGUGCCACCGUUCGGACCUCAAUCGUGGGCAGAGCUACCAGGGCCACUCGAGCCGAUACACGCGAGUACCUACGCUUGGCCCCCGCCAAUAUCGGUCGCAGUGACGAAUCCCCACCCCGGAGCGGUCGCCGAACCUCAAUUUUGGUCGGAGCAACCGGGGCGGUCACGUAGCCAGCCGACUCGCCCAGUUCCCUUAACUGUUGAAGAACACCGGGCGGCAGGCAACCAUACCUCGGGACCAAUUACCGAAGCUCCAAUCCCGCGGUACCCAGUCACGGCUUCCUCAGUCCUCCACCUCAUGCGGAAGUGGAAUAUCUCGUUCUCGGGUAAGCGCGGAGACGAUGUAGAGACCUUCCUUACGCGAAUUUCAGAGGGGCGGGCCCUAGUUCCGGUUUCCGACGUAGAUUUGAUCCGGUGCAUACCAUUUUUCCUCACUGGGGUAGCUUUGCAAUGGUAUCGCAAUGACAAAGAUCGCUGGGAAAAUUGGAGUCAAUUCGCGUCGGCCUGUCGAUUACGUUUCGGGGAUCCGGAUUAUCAAUAUGCCCUCCGGGAAGAAAUUAUGCGUCGCACGCAGGGCCUCGAAGAACCCGUGGCCGACUACUUGACGUGCCUGCGAGGCCUAUUCAGCCGACUGCAACCCCCUUGGGAUGAAGCUCAGCAAAUACAACACGCUCACCGCAAUUUGAUACCGCGACUCCACGUAGCGAUACAACGCGAUGACGUUUUCGAUUUCGAUUCCUUUGAGCAUGUCGCGGUACGGGUCGAGAAAAGCUUCCAGACGUCGCGUUCGUAUCGGGCCCCGCCAGCCCCGAAUCAGUCCCUCUGUCCCGAGCUAGCGUACAGCCCAGUUCGGAGCCACAGUAACGCCCCAGCACGAAAGGUCUUCGCCGCCGUAGAAUCCUGGCCGGAUCCGUACGCGAGCGAAACCAGCGGAGCUGAAGUCCUUGGCCCCGCGCAAGUACCUAAUCCGCCUAGCUGCCAGGACGUGGCGAACGCGAUUAUGAAAAAGGAGGCCCCCGGCCGACGCGAACGCUCAAGACCCACCCAAUCGGCCAACCGGACGGCCGACUACCUGUUGGAACUGCGGCAAGGCCGGUCACCGUUUCAAUGCCUGCACGGAGCCGAGAGGUACCUUUUGUUACCGUUGCGGGCGCACAGGCUUCAAGUUCACGGAGUGCAUGUGCGCGGGAAACCGCUAAGGGCGGGUCCGUCGCGAGUAACUACGGAGCCCGCCGAGCACUCACCCCCUUCGCCCCCGAUUAAUAACACCCCACUCGAACCAGAACCCUUGAGUUGCGGCACCCUGCAAACGAAGGAGAGUCCUACCGCGUUUUUUGUCACGUUUACGAUUCAGGACCAGCCGGUCCGAGCACUAGUAGACUCCGGCUCGAGCCGUACCUUCCUAGGGCCGUCCGCAAUACAGUGGGUAACCGACCUGCGAAUACCGCGAGAACGUUGCAAACCCAGGGGGAUAGAAAUGGCGGGUGGACAAAGAGCAGUGACCAACGAGGUCGUUAAUUUGAUCAUCCGGCUACACGGUACUACCUUCCGCCUGACGGCCUACCUUCUGCCGGUGUUAGUGUUGCCGUGCAUCCUGGGCCUCGACUUCAUGAGUUCCGCUUACUGGGUGAUCGAUUUUGCCAGUCAUCGCUGGUUUAGUUGGUUCGAGCCUCAGCACCUUCAUUCCUUCGAAGUGCGUAGUGGGCCCGGCAGCGUACACCACCUGUGUUGCGGGUUGCGAGAACUGACGACCGACCAGGCAAGUAUCUUGGAUAAGUUGGUAACCGAGGAAAUACCCCCGGCCCCAGAGAAACCGGGAUGCACCAGCUUGACCGAACAUCACAUAGAUGUUGGCGGCCACGCGGCAAUUAAGCAGCGUUAUUACGCAGUAUCGCCCGCGAUAGAAAAGGCGGUCCACGAGGCCGUGACGCAAAUGCUCAAUGACGAGAUCAUCGAGCCUUCCAGUAGCGAUUGGUCGAGCCCCAUCGUGAUGGUAAAGAAAGCGAACGGGAAGCUGCGUUUCUGCCUAGAUUUCCGCAAAGUCAACAGCGUGACAAAGAAAGACGCGUACCCCAUACCUUUAAUGAACAGUAUACUAGACCGCCUGCGGCAAGCCAAUUACAUCACUACGCUCGACCUUAGCCAGGCGUAUUCCCAGAUCCCGUUGGCCGAAGACAGUCGCGAGAUCACGGCCUUCACCGUGCCAGGGAUGGGACUAUUUCAGUUCCGUCGCAUGCCUUUCGGGCUCACGAACGCCCCGCUACAUUUCAACGGUUACUCGACCGACUACUCGGCCCGGAAAUGCAGCCGCACGGCGGCUGGCCUAACAAUCAACCCUGAAAAGAGCGAAUUCUGCUGCGCGGAGGUCAAGUACCUCGGCUUCCUGGUGAACCGCGACGGAUUGCAGAUAGACGCGGAAAAGGUGGCACCUGUAGUUAACUACCCCGUGCCGCGCAACGUCAAACAGCUGAGGCGUUUCCUCGGCAUGGCAUCCUGGUACCGCCGAUUUAUCCCGGCCUUUGCCACCCACGCCAACCCGCUUACCUCCCUGCUCAAGAAGACCGCUACCUGGAACUGGGGCGAGGCCGAACAGCGGGCGUUUAACGAACUGCGCGAUCGGCUAACCACGGCCCCGACCUUAAGCUGCCCAAACUUCGAGCUACCCUUCUUCUUACAGACUGACGCUAGCGGCGUUGGUCUCGGUGCCGUGUUAACGCAAAAUGUGGACGAUAUCGAACAUGUCAUAGCCUACGCGAGUCGAGCCCUUAACAACCCGACCGGCAGGCUUGGUCGUUGGGCACUGGAAAUGCAAGAGUAUAACUACGAAGUGGUACACCGCAAGGGCGCGUUGUACCACGUACCCGAUGCCUUAUCCCGAAUCCCGGAGGAAACCUGCGCUCUCCUGUUGCCGACAGCCCCUAGCAGGGACCGCUGGUAUAACAACAAAAAGCGAUCCGUACGCCGCAACCCCGACCACCACCCAAAUUGGCGAGUCGAGGGUGGGCAGCUGUACUACCACCGCCCUCCUCAGUUCCCAGCUUUGGAAAUGGAGGAUCUGGACGCGUGGAAGUUGGUUUUGCCAUCGGAGUCCAGGCAACAGGCCCUAUACGAGUGCCACGACGUACCUCAGUCGGGCCACUUGGGCAUGGAGAAGACUUUCCGCCGUUUAAGUCAGCGCUACCACUGGCCGAACAUGUUUCGGGAAGUGGCGAAAUACAUCCGCAAAUGUGAGAUUUGUCAGCGGUGCAAGGUCGAUCAGGCGUUACCUGUCGGCUUAAUGGGUCAAAGGGUUCUAGAGCAACCCUAG